GAGUUCGGGUAAGAAGAACUUGAGGUCAGAAAAGUAAAAGUGGAGGCAGGGCAUAUGGGAUUGGGGUCGCAGAUUGCAUAGUGCCAUGUGGAUCAGUAUAAGAAAUUUAGCUCUUACUGUUAGGAAUUUGAGAAAUGAUUGGAAAGUUUUUUGCAAAUAAGUAACGUCAUCAGACAGUAUGUUAACUGGAUAAUUCAGGUGGCUAGGUUGAGAAUAGACCAGGGCAAGGGCAGUGUAUGAGGGCAGAAGCAUGAAGAUCAGUCAGGAUUCUAGUGUAAAAUAUUAAAGAAAGGUAAUGCAAACGAGACAGAUGAUGUUGGUCUGGGAUACAUUGACAGGAGUGGUCAAAUUCUGUUUAUAUUUUGGAAAUAGUGCAGUCAGGGUUUGCUAACUGAUUAGAUGUGGCCUUUGAGAAAGAGAAAAGUCAAGGAUGACAUCAAAGCUUUUGCCUUGAUCUACUGGAAGAAUAGGGUUACUCGAUCUCAAGUAGGAAAGACAGUAAGAGAGUGGAAUGUGAGGAGACCAGUUUAGACAUGUUAAGGGUGAGAUGUUUAUUGAGUCUAUAAUAUAAACAACCCAAAUUCAGGUAUUGAAUAGGCAAGUGGACAUACCAGUUGGGAGUUCAGGAGAGGAACCAGACUAGAACUCCCAAUUUGAGUGUCAGUAGCAUAUAGAUGCCAUUUAAAGUCAUAAGACUGUGAUAACCCAGCAGGGAAUACAGAUACAAUAAAAAAAUUCUGAAUAUAUUUUGUAUUUACAAUUGACAGGAUUUGCUGGCUGUCAAAAUGUAGGUAUAAAAGAUAAAAUUUGAGAAUGCCUCCAAGGAUUUAUAAAGAAUAAAAAAAGCUGUUGGUGGAUUGAUUCUGGGGCUCUCCAAUAAUUGAAGAUAAAGAGGAGCCAACAAAUUGGAUUGAAAAAAAUGUUUAAAGAGGUAGGAAUCAAACGAGACAAGUGUGGUAUCUUGGAAGCCAAACCAAAAAAAUAAGAAGUGUUUCAAGGAGUUAGCAAUGGUCAGCUGUGUCAAAUGCUGCUGUAUUUACAUGAAAACUCAGAAAUGACCAUUAGCUUUCAUGUGAUAGACAUCAUCAUCAAUCUGGCUUAAAAGUAGUGUCAUUUGAGUGAUGGGAGCAAAAAGGUGAUGAUGGGAACUGCUUUAAGUGAGAACAGGGGGAGAAAAAUUGUAGCAGAGAUUAUAACAUUUUAGACAAUCCUACUGAGGAAUUUUGCCACAAAAGAGAGCAAUUGCGGUGAUGGUUUCAGGGGGAGAUGUGGUCAAUCUUCCUGUUUGUUUUCUUAGUAGGAGGCAAAUACUAGUAUGUAUUUAAGCUAAUAAGAAUUGGUUAACAGAGAGGGAAACUUUAAAGAUACAUAUGAAAGCAGGGAAGAAGGGUUUACUGAAUAAUGUUUUUGGAUAGGCUAGAGAGGAUGGGGUCUAGUACAUGCAAGAAUGGUGCUGGCUUUUGCUAGGAACAUGAACAUAUCAUCUACAUGAACAAGAGAAAGGUAAAGUUUUUUUUGUUUUGUUUUGUUUUGUUUCAAGGUGCAGGUAAGUGGGUAGAUACCGUGGGAGCUGGUACAGUUUCUCUUUUGAUUGGAUCUUUUUCUCAAUGGAUCAGGAAAAAGGGCCAUGAGCCAAGGAGGUGUGAAGAGAGAGGAAGAAUAACAGACCUUUUGAGGUGGAUUUUCCUGAACUGGAAAUGAAAGAUGAUGGCAGGACUGUGUUUUUUCCUUUGGUCACAUUUCGUGGCUUAGGGCAGAGCAAAGAGUUUAGAUUUAAUGAGGGUUUUGGUUUAGGCACAGAUAGGUAAGAAAAGGAAUGGGGAAAAACUUAGUGAAGGUAUCUGCAUGGGAGUGAUUAUGACGAUUGACCGUGGAAUUUAGUUAAGUAGUGAAGUGAGGACACACGGUGUGGGGGUCCAGGCCAGGGAAAGGAUAUGAGACUAAUGGACUGUAGGUGCAGUGAGUUAGAUUUUCAAAGGACUUUUGGAGUUUUGUGACCAGACAAAGUGAGCUGGAAUAUGAGAAGUGGUGUUAAAAAGUGUGUAUUAAGUUGAGAUUAUUGAGGAAUUGCAGUUAUUAUAAAGACAAUUUGUAGCAUGUGGCCAGGGAGGUGAGAGGCUGGGAGUAGGUUGGAGGGAAGAUCACUGGAAGAGAUCCACCCCUCCCCAUCCCCAUCACAAGGAAGGUAGGCAUUAGUUUGCAAGAGUUCAAGCCCUUAGAUCUGCUUUUGAAGGAGAAGAGGCUAUUUGUAAGAAAGCUGGUACGUUUCUAUUCCAAGGUUCAUGAUCUAAUAGGAAGACUGCAGGUGUGGCCGUCAGGCCCAAGUCCUAGGUGAGAAUGCAGGUCUGCGAGCCCCUAGGACCGGACCAUAACGACCUUAACAGCCAUAACGGCCGUAACUGCCAUAACGGCCGGCUGCGCGAGGCCCUUCCAGCAUUUCCACUUUCGUCAGGUACUGGAGAGGGCUGCCGGCCGGAUGCCAGGGCAGAGGGGCAGGGCGGACGGCUAGGAGUUCAAGAAACAUCCUGGUCUGAGGCAAAGACUGCAGCCUGCACCGCCAUGAAUAAGCUUUUCAGCUUCUGGAAGAGGAAGAAUGAGACCCGCAGCCAGGGCUACAACCUUCGAGAAAAGGAUUUAAAGAAACUUCACAGAGCUGCUUCAGUCGGGGAUUUGAAGAAGCUGAAGGAAUACCUUCAGAUCAAGAAAUAUGAUGUAAAUAUGCAGGACAAAAAAUACAGAACACCUUUGCACCUAGCCUGUGCUAAUGGACAUACAGAUGUUGUACUUUUCCUAAUUGAGCAACAAUGCAAAAUAAAUGUCCGGGAUAGUGAAAACAAAUCCCCAUUGAUUAAGGCAGUACAGUGUCAAAAUGAGGAUUGUGCUACUAUUCUUCUAAACUUUGGUGCAGACCCAGAUCUGAGGGAUAUUCGUUAUAAUACUGUUCUUCACUAUGCUGUUUGUGGUCAAAGUUUGUCAUUAGUUGAAAAACUGCUUGAAUACGAAGCUGAUCUUGAAGCGAAAAAUAAGGAUGGGUAUACUCCACUAUUAGUUGCUGUUAUUAACAAUAAUCCAAAAAUGGUAAAAUUUCUUCUGGAGAAAGGGGCUGAUGUGAAUGCUUCAGAUAAUUAUCAAAGAACAGCCCUUAUUCUUGCUGUCAGUGGUGAACCACCAUGUUUAGUAAAGCUUCUUCUUCAGCAAGGUGUGGAAUUAUGUUACGAAGGUAUUGUGGAUUCACAGCUGAGGAAUAUGUUUAUUUCCAUGGUUUUACUGCAUAGAUACCCACAAUUCACUGCGAGCCAUGGAAAGAAGAAACAUGCUAAAUAGACACCUUAUUCUUGGCACUACAUGUGACUAAAGGAAGAUAUGGAACCCAUUUCUACAAUUUCUUUGCCGCUUCCUUGAAUUGGAAAAAUGUACUUUGAAAGAACCGUUAAGUGAACUAUUAUAAUAUUUUUGCUGACUACCCAGUUGAAGAAAAGUUUGUUAAUUGGAUGGGAUUUUUUUUUUCACGUUAGAAGACAUGAAUAAAUUUUAAAAGAUAAACAUCUAUAUUGUGAACCAUCAGCUGAAAAGAUAAAUUUGUGUUCAAUAUAUAGGCAGAAAAAAAUUUGUGUCAAAAUGUUGAAUGGAAUAAUGAGGAAACUGUGUUAGGCAUGUAUUAAAACAUUUAAAUAAAAUAAAAAUACAUUUCAGCUACAAA